ACUUUUUUCCUUCGAUUGCAUUAUGCACAGAGCAUUAACGAUGUGCGGUCUUCAUUUCCUAUCAAAAUCGGAUGCGAGUUGAAGAAUGGCGGCGACAAGCGACGUCACGUGUAGGUGAGAAGAUUACAACUUGGAGAGUAGCAUCUCGGUGACAAUAGGAGUUCGAUGGUGAAAGCCUAUGCCACUAGAGUCUUGAAGCUGUUGAGCUAAUAGCCAUGUACUGUGGACCAGGACCAUUUCUCCCUGCCCCAGCCCUGCCUUUGCUUCUACUACCGCUUCUCUCACUGCCUCUAUCUCGCUUCGUCGACGACCGCACAAUUACUGUCUGCCUUUCAGCCGCCGUGCUGUAUCUAGACUGGGAGUAGCUACAAGCAGCAGCCGCCGCCGCCAACACCACCACCAACCUCAACAACAACACGGUCGGGCUUUGGUGGCUGGUGGUGCUGGGCAAGAUGUCGGCGUCGCGGCGACCCUCUUUGCCGCCUAUGCCCGAUCUGAGCCACCUGACUGAGGAAGAACGCAAAGUGAUAGAAGAUGUUCUUCGACGUCAACGAGAAGAAGAAGAGCGUGAACAGGAGGUCAUCAGGCAAAUGCAAGAUGAAUUCCUGACUUACCAACAAACAGUGUUGAAACUAAGCGAGGAAACGCGCAAAAUAGGCCAACAGUAUGACGAAGGAGCUGUUUGUGACAUAUGUCACAAAACGAAAUUUGCUGACGGAGUUGGUCAUAGCUGCUAUUACUGCCACAAGAAGUCGUGCGCCCGUUGCGGAGGUCGCACACAGCUUAAGGCUACAAAAGCCAAUGAAAAGUCCACAGAGGUGGUGUGGGCAUGUAACCUGUGUAGAAAAAAACAGGAACUGCUGGCCAAAACUGGUGCAUGGUACCACGGAGGCAUGGCGCGUCCAGUGGCUCUUGACGUUGGUAAUGCUCCUGAAGGAAUGGGUGUAAGCUUGAGACCUUCCAGUCGCGUUAUAGAUACUAGCCCACCAAACGAAAAAAAAGCAAAGAUGGGCUUCUCGGGAGAUACUGGGUCUGGCAGCGAAAAAGAAAACAUUGAUCGCCAGAAAUCCUUUGGUCGAACAUCCAGCUUGCAAGGACGGGAACUUAAACGACAGUACUCAAUGUCAGAUGCGCCGACGUCUCGAUCUGGACUUGAAGGAACAUCUCAGGCUACAGGUACAGGUAUGAUAGACGGUCCGGUCGUGGCAGAUGGAGAUUUCAAACAGGGGCAGGAGAGAGGCAGGGUCAAAGAACGGACUUCUGCGAAGCAUCGCUUUCACAGUGAGAGUAGAAUUAGUGAAACUGACAAGAGAUACGCGGGACUCCCGCAACCAGAUUCAGCUCAUCAAGAUUCCGGUCGGCAUCGAGGAGAACGGGAACAGAGUGAAAGAUUUGAUCGCGGAGACAGGGAGCGAAGCGAUCGAGAGCGGGACCGCGGAGAAAGGGAGCGUCUUCCUGCUGGAAGGUCUCGUGACAUCAAUAAUGACAGGGGACCUGGUUCGAGGUCAGGCGCUGUGGAGACUAAGCCCGAAGGAAAAGACUCAAGAGAAAGGCAUAGAGAACCUCGAGAUUCCACUCAUGCAGAUGAACGUGAUCACGAAGGCCGCUGGUCUAGAGACCGUCGCCUCAAGGAGUCCAACUCAGAGCGUUAUCGGCCUAUAGCAGCGAAUGGUAGGCGCGACUACAUUGACAAAGACUACCGAGGGGACUAUACAGAUAAGGAAUAUCGAAGUGAAAAGGACUAUCGCAGUUCUCGUGAGCACCUGACAGAAUCUAGGGACGCGCCGCUGGACGGCGUUAGACCCGAAAGGCGCGGCAGCAGCCGCCAGGCACGGAAUGUAGAUCGCACUGCGGGCAGUGGCGGAACCGGUGGGACAGCGCUUGCUGGUGUGGGAGCGGGUGGGAUGCACGUCAGCGGGAGUUCUAAAGAACGACGGUCCCCCAACGCGGGCGAAGUUAAUGACCGCUACAAAGAGACGGAAAGUGUUGGAGGACUUGAAGGGGAUCGCCAUGCUCAUCGUAUUCUUAUUGAGCAUGCCAGUGACACUCAGGCGGCAGCUGAGGAUAUACUCGAGGCACAGCGCAUGCACGACAGGCGCCACUUGGAUCCUAAUUCCGCUCGUACAGCUGGUGGAAGUGCUUCAACCCGCAACAAUCGCAAAAAACUGGAAAGUAUGUUACGAAAUGAUUCUUUGUCUUCUGAUCCCUCCGACUGUGUUCGACCUCCACCACCUAAGCCUCACCGGCAUAAGCGAAGCAAAAAGCAGAGGCAGCAAUCCCUCAGUAGUUCGGACGAUGAAAUAAGGUCAACCCCAGAGUGCUCAAGCUGUGAGGAGCAAGACGUGGAAAGCGAGAGCGUCAGUGAAAAGGGAAAGAAUAUAGGGCAAGAGAAUAGAGAGUUCUUGGAAGGGCCUGGCCCGUCUCACGUGUGUGACAAGCUCUUGCUCUAUGACACUGGCCGUGGAACCAGUGUGGAGACAGAGAGCGGAGGAUCCUCCGAGCCGCAGGUUAAAGACUCUGGCAUAGACACCGGCCUGUCUAGUAGUAGCCAAACCCUCUACGAAGAGAUUGCAAAACAAAAGCAUCCGGUGACCUGGCAGCCUUCUGCAGACGGCAAUAAAUGGAUAGGCCACAUGAUCUUAAAAAAGACAGUUCUAGAAGGAGGGGGACAAAAGACAGAUUCGUCAGCUAUUUUAGGUUUGAAGGUGAUUGGAGGAACAAUUGGAGAAACAGGAAAGCUUGGAGCUUUUAUCACAAAGGUGAAAAAGGGAAGCAUCGCCGACACUGUGGGGCAUCUGAGACCUGGUGACGAAGUUGUUGAGUGGAAUGGAAGAUCAUUGCAAGGAGCUACGUUUGAAGAAGUCUACGAUAUUAUUCUGGAGUCCAAACAGGAGCCUCAAGUGGAGCUCAUCGUGCAUCGCAGUGUAAAGCACGGAGAGAUGCCUCCGGGAGUUCAGUCUGCCUUUACGGAUCAUGCGAGAGAUUACGGACUGCGGGAUGCGAUUCCUGACCAUCGUAACCAAGCCAGUUUAAGCAUAGCAUCGACAGAUACGCCAAGUACUAAGCACUCACGCGCUCGUCCUCACACGCCUCAAGUGUCGGGGAAAAUACAGAUAAAACUAUGGUAUGACGUACAGAGCUAUCAGCUCAUCGUCACCAUCAUCAACGCUAUCGAGCUGCCUCUCACGGACAGUGGCAAGUUCCGUAAUCCCUACUGCAAACUGUACCUUCUGCCAGAUCGCAGCGAAAAAAGCAAACGACGAACUAAAACCAUCAGCAGCAUGACAGACCCGACAUGGAACCAGACGUUUAUCUAUUGUCCAGUAAAGGAAACUGAUUUGCGUGAGCGUCUUUUGGAGAUUACCGUAUGGGACUAUGAUCGAAUAGGGGCGUCAGAGUUCUUGGGCGAGGUCCUGAUCGAUUUGACCUCGGCUAAUUUGAAUGAUGAACCUUACUGGUACCAGCUAGGCCACCAUGAUGAUGCAAGUAUUCCCCUACCUGCUUCGUCUCCUCGCACGAAAAUUAGCCAGGACCCUUACGAUGUGCGGAAAAACUACCUUUCCCCACCUGUUUCUGCGCGCGGCCUCAGCGACAGUGACAUGUCAGAGCUCGAUUUCGAUGACGGGAUUGGAGUUGUUUCAGGUGAAGCAAGUCCAUGUAGCACACCACUAGGCAGUGAAGACUUGUCUGAUACGAGUGAGCGAAGGAGGUCGCGUCGUGAUCGUGAGGGGUCACCAAGGCGACGCAGUGCCACAGUGGUUGGCCGCGACGAUCUAAGUGCCAGACGACGCCAUGUAUCUUCUGCUGACAAACUAGAAGUUCCUGAACAUGCGGUGCAGAGAUCACGAUCGCCUACAAGAGAUUCUCGCGAGCCCCAAGGCGGGAGUAUCAGAUCGAGGUCCCGCUCACCUGCUCACCACCGUGUGUCUGACGUGGCAUCGAGAUCUUUAUCACCUCCAGACCUAAGAACUCGAGAGAUCGGACCUCACAGGAGUCUUCCAGCGUCAUCACGGUCAUCAGGGGGUACUCCUGCUAGCACCCCUUCUCCUAAGAAAAGGCAGCUGCCAGCUAUCCCUCUAGAAGCACAGAAAGCCAGCAGAGACAGAGUAACACAAGAUUUAGAAGAGAGAGCUCGUCUUAUGAAGCUUAGGAUAAAACUUCAGCAAGACAGUGGUCUUGGACCUAUUCCUCACUCUCACAGACACGAAUACGAAAGCUAUGGCAGCCGUGGAAUCCGCUCUGGCGAUUAUCUUGACCACCACGAUCGGCCUAUGUCUCACGAGCGCGACCGCAUGGAACGUUCCCGUGAUCGAGGCUACGACCGAGGCCGAGACUUGGAGCGGGGCCACCGAGCCCGAAGAAAUAAAGAAUUUAGUCCAGACAUGUCCGACGAUGUUGGAAGCGACAACUCUGAAACCAGCGACAUGUCAGAAGUCUCCAGAGUUAGCACUAUCAGCGUACGAUCUACACAAUCAGAGAGACCACGUCGGAACCUGAGGGAUUUCACCUCAAAAAUGGAAAGUAGAACCACGAUCCCAAGAAAGCAAGUUGUCCGUAGCUCUUCCAGUGAAAGCCAGAGUCUAGAGAAGACAGAUGGAAGUGUAUCAGAUUCCGCCGUGUCUUCUAGCGUCACCGAGGGCCGAAAGAGAAGACCUAGCUUAGGUCACAAAGUUGCUUCCCUUGUUGGUCUUUCCCGACGCAGCAGCAGUGCAACUCAACUGGCUGGCAGAGGAGGAAAAAAACGCAGCUCUUUCCAACGAAGUGAGGAGAUAGGUGCUGUUGAUCUUCGCGGUGGUAUGUCUAAACAGGCUUCCAAAGAUUCCACAGAUGGCAGCAUAGGCAGUAUAAGCAGCGAUUCAUCUAGCGUGAUGUGGCUACCAUCAGGCAUGCGACUAGGAGCAGAUGGCCAAUACGGAGAGUUUGUGGAAGGUUUGGGACCUUCUCAACUAGUGGGACGACAAGUGUUAGGAGCGCCUUGUCUUGGAGAGAUACAGCUCGGCUUGUAUGAUCGCAAAGGUCACCUGGAGGUUGAGGUCAUUCGGGCUAGGGGUCUCAACUCCAAACCUGGGGCUCGCGUUCUGCCAGCUCCUUAUGUCAAAGUAUAUUUGCUGGAAGGCAAACAAUGUUUGGAAAAGCAGAAAACAACAACUGCACGUCGCACGCUGGACCCACUCUAUCAGCAGCAGCUAGUGUUCAGCGAAUCAUAUCGAGGUCGUAUUCUGCAAGUUACUGUGUGGGGUGACUAUGGCCGCAUGGAUAAGAAGGUCUUCAUGGGCGUGGCUCAAAUCUUACUCGACGACCUAGACCUUAGCAACAUUGUGAUUGGUUGGUACAAGCUCUUUCCAACGUCGUCACUGUUUGCCCAUCAUUCAUCUACAACAGGCCUGGCUCAGAUUGGACUACAAGACUCGAACACUAAUCUCGAAAGUAUUACCAUGCGUUCUUAGUGACACGCCCCCAACUCCUGGCCAAUCACAUCUUUAUUUUCUCCUUAAUACACAUGGACUUUCUACUAUACCUUCUCUGUUUAUUCUGUCCACAACAGGCUGUUUGCUGUUUCUUUAUCGAUUUAUGUUUACUUUCUUUGUGAUUAUAAAGAUUUACUAGGAUAUGAUAGAGAGAAAGGAGCAAGAGUAGGUUUUAUAUUUUAAAGCCGAAACUUGUCCUUUUUAUUUGUGUGAGUUGUGAACAUGAUGACAUUUGAAUAUUUGAGCUAGCAUGCAUUCAAAAUGCGAAAAUAGGUGCAAGUUUAUCACAUGUUUAAUUCAAGUGGGAUUAAAAAUUGUUUUAAAUGUUACGCACGCGUAUCACCCUCAGAAAAGACAAAAACGCGCAUGCGCACAAACACUUCCAUCUCUUUCUCUUCACCUUCUAGUGUUGUGAGUCAGAUUGAAAAGAGAUGAGAAACAUAUGCGGUGUUAAAAGAAUGACUGAACUAUAAUUACCUUUUUUUGCCUCUCAAGGGAUAGGAGAAAAUGUUUUGUUUUCUUGGCAAAGAGUACACAAUACUUUGUCGACUAUCUGUUACCGAUUUGAAAACUCUUGUAAUAUAUACAUGCACUACUUCUCUCCGCCUCAAAACUCACUCUUCCUCCGCCUGUGUAUGUGUGUGCGUGUGUCCAUACGUGUGUGUAUAUAUACACACAUAUCUCUUGCACACAAAUGUAUAGUGACGUUACACACAUGUAGUCCAGUUGAGGUGUUAUGGACGCAGAAGUUCUUAUCCAUCACUAGUGCCUGCAAGCGUGCUUUAAGAAAAGACCUUUUUAAGACAAAAAUAAAUAAUUUUUACGUUAAGUAUAGACCAAAAUCUUUCCAGUGAAAAGAAACACAACCACGAUUUAUUACAAGAGCAUCUGCGACAGACGGAGAUAACAUCUUUAAUCUCAGAAUUGUUAAAACUUUCUAUAAUAUUUUUUCUGAAUUUUUCUGUAUUUUCACUGGUAUUCCAAAUGUUUCUGGUUUGUUUUGCUUUGAUUGAUGUAACAUGAUGUGCAACCCUUACGAGAUAGCAAACGAAGUGGCCGAAAGAGAAUGUGAAGUAGAAAGUUGAAUGUCAUUUUAUUUCCGAUGUACUGUCUCACGUGUAAGAUGUUGAUUUCUGAAAAUAUACUAUAAUACUGAGAAUGGUUUUAAUUUCUGUCCCUUUCUAGGGAUAGAACAUAGAAAUGACGUGUGUAACUUUUAACAUUACAUAUAUCACUGGUACAUUCAUGCAACUAGUGUAUAUCUGUUUUUUAAAACUUUAUAUGUACAUUUGUGUGUGUGUGCGUGUGUGUGCACGCUUGUGUAUGUGUGUGUGUAGCAAAAGUAGCAAGACUAGAACUAGUUUCUCUGAAAGAAAGACUGCCUUUACGGUGAUGAAAUGUGUGAAGUGCAUUAAGCAUUAUAAUAUGUUUUCCUCAGUCUUUAUUUUAUCAUAAAAUAUUUAAAUAAUAUUAAAUAAAACUGGGAUAUUACAGUGGAUAGGUGGAUAAUACUUAAGGAGCUGCUUAAAAAAUUAGUCUGUAAAGUAUUCGUUAUAUAAAUUAUUAUAUAGCAAGCAACAACAUUUUGAUCGAUAAAUGUUGGCAGUAUGGAUAUAGGCGACUUUGCUAAUGAUGUAACUAAUCAUCAAUUAGCAAACAGUGGCAUGAAAAAAAGGAAUUGUCAAGGUUAAAUCUCAGCCUGAUGUAUUUUAUUUGCCUCAUAUGCAGUCACUUUAAGAAUGUGCAAAGUAAAGCUGUCGUGCUUAAUACAAGACUUUCUUAGUAUAAAAAAAACCAUUCCCUAUCAACAUGAACGUUUGAAGCGGAGUUCCGCUGAUAUUUCACUAGUUUUCUGCUUGUAAGGUCGAGAGUUGAUAAUGCUGCUGUACAUCUGUUUCUGGUUCGGAGAGUAUUCGUUGUUUUACAUGAUUUACUAUUCGAAUUUUUUAAGGUGCUGAUGUGCAUCUCAUUCUUCUGAACUGAAUAUAGAUGAUAACAACAAGAAUUGUUCUCACUGAAUUGUUCUCGCAUGAAAGGCUAGCCAUUCUGUAAAAUGCAUGCGGUUUGCAUCGACACAGAGGGGAAUCUAGGAAUGAUAAAGGCGUGAAACGUUAGUGACUGGUAAGUUUUAGUCUAAAGUAUUUCAAUCCGAACAAAGUUUAAUCUGCCUUCUACGGUGUUUAUUUUACAACAUACCUAAAUCUGCUUCAAAUGCGCUUACAUCUGAACAUGGGCGACACUGUUCUAUAAAUUCUAAAGUAUGCAAUAUGUUUAUGAGUGUUUAUAAUAGAAUAUUUUGUACGAUUCAUGUAAAGUGUGCUGAGAGCUCAUCUCGACAGUGCGAUAUUCCUGGUUUCAUAGUCAUGCGUGUGUGUGUGUGUGUGAGGGGCGUGUAUGUUAUAUUUCUAAACAUGCAGUUAAAAUUCUAAGGAUAUUGUGAAAAUAUUAAAACAAAAGUGACAAACUUUUUUAUCGACCACCUUCCUACUUCUGUGGAUGGCCUUCACGAUUUCUUCUAAUAGUUUAUUUUUACAGUUUGCAAUGUUUUGGGACUUUACUUUUUCAUUUUAAAAGAUGCCAGAAUUUUUUCUUUUUAUCGCUGUCAUCUGAUUGAUACUGUAAAUGAUUUCAGUGAAAAUGCUUUCAUAUAUACACACUUCUAAAAUGGAAAUACUCUUCAUUCUUUUUGCAGUCUCGGCUGAUAAGACAAUUUUGUAAAUUGUUCUGAAGUCUUUGAUUUUACAAAGCAACCGAAUUCGUGUGCUAUUGUGUUUUUACAGUGAAGACUUUAAUAAUAGAUUUUGCAUGGUAAACUGUAUAUGAUAAAUACACUAAAGUUGCCAAUACUAGAACGUAGAGCAACUUUGCAUGACACAUUAAAAUGCACUUGAGCCUUCAAUCUUCUAAGCCAUUUAAUGGUUUGACCGUAGGUUAAUACUAGGUCUAGCUUUUACAUCUUACAAACUUUAUUUUCGCUCAGUAUUUUUAUUUCUUUAACCUCUUUAUAUGCAUUACUUCUGCUCGGCUUUUGCCGUCUUGAAUUUUUGUGGUUUUGUGUGUAAUACUGGAUCUUCUAAUACUCUAUUGAUGCAAAUAGUAUUUUAGAUUAAAUGCUAAUAUAAUUUAAGCUUUGCUUGGAAGUGUCCAUUAGGCGUAAAAAUCUGAGCUGCACAUGCAAUGUGCAUCGCUAAUUUGUUUUCGUGAGAGGUGUUAUUGUAUAGUCUGGGAGUCUUUUUUAACUCUUUUAGAGUAACGUAACCUUCUCCUGCCGUGAUAUAGCCUUAGCCGCGGGCACGGCGUAAGCAAGCAAGCAAGCAAGCAACCAACCAUGAGAGGUCAUGCCGUAACCUCACCCUGCUUGUGGUGGUUGAGAAAAUGACUUCUCAAUGAUGACUUACAAACUUUCGCAUUUCGUAAACAGAAAGUUGGAUUUUUUAAUGUUCUCUCAUUUCCGGAUACAUUUUACUUUUAUUGUUUUCCUGUAUGACUUUUAUUCAACAUUUAGAAAAAGCAAGAAAAAUUAAUCAUUGAAUGUAUUGAAUAAAUGCAGUUCGUGAUAGGACGAACUCUCAGAAAUCCCAUUGAAAUGACUCAAAAAUAAGGUAAGAUAAGAGGCAGGAUACUUCCAACUUUUUUGGCUUGCAGUAUUCAAAUGCUUUUGCUCACAGUACCUUUUACAAUUCUUUUCUGCUGGUGAGUGACCCAGUCAUGCACCAUUUGUAGUGGAAGAGAUUGCGAAAGAAGAUGUAAGAGGAAAGAAACAUUCAUUACUUCUAGCUAUGUAUAGUGUGUACUGAGGGAAAAAAAUCAACUGUGAGCAGUUUCUUUGUAUCUCAGAAAGUUCCGACAAAACUAUAAACGAAGAAUGAGAGAAUAAGAAGAAAGUAUCAAGCUGGCUUCUAAAUAACAGAAGAACAACCGCCAGAACCAAAAAUAUACUUUACUUUAUAAAUCAAUAAGACUUUCGACUCACGAGAAAGUAUGUAAAUGAAUCGAGAAAUCUUUAAAAUCCAAGUGAUCUCAUAUUGUAGAAUUUCGGCAAUAAAGUAAAUACUACCGCUUUUCUCGGUUUCCACAAAUUUGUCGAAUUUAAAGCAAGACAUUCUUUGGUUAUAGACGCAAGAUUACGUUUGCUCUCAAAGACAUUAGUUUUGACACAGACCACACAGGUCAUUGGUUAAAAAACUGUCAGUUACAUAUACCACGUACUCAGUACAUUUACAGUACCUACGUGAAAACGUAUAAACAGGUGCAUUUGUAUGCACUUCACCAUCUUGCUUUCAGCGACUGAAAUAUGAUAUAAUGGAAUUUCAAUUUUCCUUUUAAAUUAAUUUGUUUUCAUUUAACUUUAUAUAAGUAAUAUUUUAAAUUAUUUUGAUAGAAGCCUUGUAAGGAUCUUUUGGUCAUUGGAAAUGUUUCACUUAACAGAUUACUCGGUCUAUGGAACAACACAUUCCACAAAAUAUUUUGUGGAUUCUAUUUUACUCAAUUCAAAAUGCAUAAAUGAUCUUUAUUUUAAGAUAUUUAAAGCAUAUUCUAAACAAAACCUGCCAACCUAUAAUGAGAAGAUGUUGUCCAAAGAAAUGUCCAUGACGGUAUUCUGUGGGUAGGGGUGUGGGUGUGGGUGUGGGUGUGGGUAAAAAUAACGCACGAAAACAUUUACAGGCUUCUCGUAGACAUAGACCAUCAGAGACCUGCAUGUGUUGCACCUAUUUCCCCAGGUAGGUUGUCACUUUGUUUCUCAGCAAACAUUUGUAAGGAAAAAGGAUAACAGGAUUGUGCUGACAAAAAUUCAGAUUCGGCAAUAGAUAUAGCAGAAGUUAUUUUCAAGUCACUUUUUAAAAUCUCUUGUAUUUAGGUGCUGCCUUCAUUCCACCAUGUGUCUUAGAGGCAUGGACGUUUGUACAUAUUGCUGAAAUGAAUGUAGCUACUAGAAACCCUAUAAUAUUUUUAGUAUUUGUCAAUUAUGUCUCUUCUUUUUUAACUCUUGCUCUUCUGCACAUUGUUACUAUCUGCUUUCGCUUCAGAUUUACACAUUCUGUACACUUUGUGUUAUUAAUAAUAUUCCAGAUGAGUACAGGUUGCUGUUAACUACAGUUAUUGUUCUUGUUACGCCAACCUGCGCAGGAGAAGAGGGGGCUAAUAAUCAUACCCCAUACUGUUCCCCAAAUUUCUUUUCCCUUCUCCACUUCUGCAUGUGCAGUUUGUAUUUUAUCCUGGAAAUAAACAUUUUUUAUGCAGAGCA